CUGUGGGAUGCUUAGACGGUACUAGUGCUUGAGUAAGCGAAUGCUCAAUUUCUGUUUGCAAUAAACAAUGAAGAAAAUUAACAUUCUCGAGAUCUCUUCCCUCGCUGGCAGGACAAUUUGAAAAGCAAAGAAAGAAGCAACAUGUCGAGAAGAGCAUGCAAAAAUUAUAGCAAAUAUGAUGUUCAAUUUAUUGACGAUCUUCGGAUCUCGUCCAUUGUCACUUGGGAUUAUCUUGGUUUUCAGUAGUUUCAUGUCUCACUUACGCUAGCUCAUCGACCUGCUCAGCUCCCUACUUCAGCUCAUCGACCUGCUUGGCCCACUUCUUCUUGAUCAAUCGACUCUCUUACCUAAAUUAUCUCCAUUAUAACGCUUAUACACUCAAAACAAAAAGAGGUUAUUACCAGGUGAGCCAGCGUACGAUACAGUACUUUAGUUGACAAUGACAGCUAUCUGAGUCAGAUUAUAAAUGAGUAUCCCUAGUUUUUCCUACCAGGAUAAAUAUUUAGUUUAAAGAAAAUGGUAGAAAAUAUAUGACAAUCUCGAGAAGAUGGAAGGGCCCUUACAACAAACACAAGCAAAACAAAUAAAAUUUUCUAUUUUAUAUAUGACAAUCUAUGUAUAACAAUAUGAAUCGUAUUGUAUAGUUUUCUCUAUGUAUAAUUUAUUUUCUCGUACGGUUAUAUAAUGGAUUCUCUAAUUUUGUUUCAACAUAUUGAGUCUAGUUUAUGUGGACAACUUGCCCUCCACUCUGAUCAUUGGAUUGGCUUGUAUAAUUAGUAUGACAAUCUGAGUCAUAUUGUAUAAUUUUCUCUAGAUAUGUUUUAUUUUCUCGUAUGGUUAUAUAAUGGAGUCUCUAAUUUUGUUUCAACAUACUGAGGCUGGUUUACGUGGACAACUUUCCCGCCACUCUGAUCAUUGGAUUGACUUCUAAAGUUGCAUAAUUCGUUAUAACUCAUACUUAUAUUCUAAAUUUUUUCCCUAUGCUUUUCAUUUGUUCAGGGGUAACAUGUGUAUGGCCAAUACAAUAAACUCUAGCAUACUAAUUGGAAUGUUGUGUGAUUACGAUCUUGGUUUUGAUAGAAUUUGAUCAAUAUGAACUGAAAAUUUUGGAUAUUGGUGAUUUACGUGAAGGUCAUGCAUGAUUAAGAUGCAAACUAUAUUUUUCUCAUUUUCUGGAUGCAAUUAAAUGAUUCUUUGCUGGAUCGUUACCAAUGCUGACAUAUUUUUUAGCAUCUCAUUUGUUAGAAAAUUAGUUUCAGUUAGUAGGAGAUAUUUCAAUAUCCCUAAAUAUUUCACAUGGUUUGUUCUUUUACCCUGGUGAUACCUUUUGAUUAGUUCAAUAGUUUAUCGAGAUGAAGUUUGUGUUUCAUUCAUUUUUUAUGUCACACUUUUGAGCUUGAUGGGUUAGCAAACGAUGCAAAAAGAACUUGUUUAGAUCACAGUACAACACGACACAUAAACACCUAGUAAGAUUUAAAAAAGAAAAUCUACAUCUAAUAAAUGAUUAGGUACUAAUUUCUUCCCAGAUCGGAGUUUCCGAUGAUUUCCAUAGGUUGGUUCCAUCUUCCAAUUGCAUGGGGUGGACUUUGCUAGUUUCUCAUUAACUUAGGAUGAUCUGAGAGGUUAGAUUGACAACAAAUAAAUCAUUCUAUCACAAAUUCUCCACCAUCUUGAGAAAGUAUAACAACCAUUUUGUACAAAUAUCAAAAUUGUAUGACCAAUUUGUAUAAUUACCCGACAACUUCUCCACUGUGGGGUCUUUGAAAAGACACGACUAUGGUACCAGUACUAUAAUAAUCAAUUCCAAACAGUCCACCAAAUUUGUAUCAUUACCGUUGCUUUUUUUGCCUUUUUUUUUAAUUAUUAAAAAUUGCUACCUCACUCACUCCCUCUCUUUUACCACCGAGCUAAGCAAAAAAAGCUGAGGCUCCAGAGACAAAGCCGCUUCCUUUCUGCACAAACUCCUUUUUGGGGGUUCAAAACAAAGGUUCAUAUGGUAAUGCUAAUUACUACCCGCUCCUAAAUUCCAGCCCUUACUUCAAACGAUUCACUUUCCUUAUAGGUUCGUUUUCCCUGGAGAGAAAAUCCCACUCUUAAAUUCCCCCCCUACCUACUCGACCCUGUUCGUUUCCAGCGAAAAUUUUGAGUAAAGUUCGAGUCUUUUUGAGCUUCCAAGGUUUUAUCAAUGGAGUUCUUCAAGCGGGUCGUUUGGUUUUGCUCUCUACUCAUCCUCUUUUCCUCGCUUGUCUCUGCUGACACCGACCCUCGCGAUGUUGCUGCGAUGAACAGCUUGUGUGUUUCUCUGAACUUGCCGCCAUUGCAAGGAUGGAAGCCAGUUGGAGGAGACCCUUGUGGGGAGCAAUGGCAAGGGGUCAGCUGCGUUUUCUCCAAUAUAACGGCUCUGAAACUGAAUGGGCUGAAUCUUGGAGGUACAUUGGACAUUGGCAUUGAACAAUUUGAGUCUAUCUUAGAAAUAGAUCUCAGCAACAAUCAUAUUGGAGGGAGCAUUCCAAUCGUUCUUCCUCCUACAUUGAGAAACUUCUCUCUAGCUGGGAAUCAGUUCAAUGGAAGUGUUCCGAGCACGUUAUCAUCAUUAACUCAGCUCGUAGACUUGUCAUUGAACAAUAAUUUUCUGAGCGGUGGGUUACCGGAUUCCUUUCAACCGCUUAUCAGUUUGGUUAACCUAGACUUGUCAUGGAAUAACUUGAGUGAUUUGCUACCUCCAUCGAUGGGAAGCUUGUUAUCCCUUAGCUCACUACAGCUGCAGAAAAAUAAACUUAUUGGGACUCUUGAUGUACUUCAGGAUCUUCCUCUUCAAGAUCUGAAUGUAGAGAACAAUCUGUUUUCAGGGCCUAUACCAUCGAAGCUGUCAGCCAUACCCAAUUUCAGGAAAGAUGGGAAUCCAUUCAACACAACGAUCCUUCCUUCCCCUCCUGCACCUCUACCUCCUCAAGUUUCAUCACCGUCACCUUCUUCCUCUGCUCAGCCACCUUGGAUAUCAGGAUUCGGGCCAUCUUACCCCGAAAAACAAAAGCCUUCCGAAGGCCAAAAGAAAGAAGCUUUCACUUCCAACACUAAGAAAGUCGUGAUUGCAGCUGCUGGGACAACAGCAGUCAUCCUAUUAGGACUGUGUGUCUGCCUGCCAAUAUACUGCAAAAGAAAAUAUGCUCGACAAGAUCCAGAAGAUGCUGAGUUUCGUGGAUUUAAUGAUGACAAGUCGCAGAAUAAAGCUUCUCUUAAAGUUUAUCAUGAAGAGCACGGAGCUCCAAAGGGAUUGGUCACGAAGCUGGAUGAACAGAAAGGACCUGAGAGUAGCCUGAAGACACAGGAUGAACAAGUUGCAUCAGAUCAGAAGAGAAUAGCUUCGAGUUCAACUGGUGCGUCCCUAAAGCAAUGCCCUCCUCCUCCUGACAACAAGGUGACCGUCAAUGAUGAGAACCAAAUGAAUAAGGACUUGUCCUCUGCUGGAGUUUUCACCAUUGCAACACUACAACAGUAUACUAACAGCUUUGCAGAAGAGAACUAUGUUGGAGAAGGCUCUCUCAGCCGUGUUUAUAAGGCUGAGCUUUCUGAUGGGAAGCUAGUGGCAGUCAAGAAGCUAAAUGCCACAGCUUCUGGGCAAAUAACUGAUGAAAAAUUCCUUCACCUAGUCUCUGCCAUCUCUCGAAUCAACCAUCCCAACAUCGUGGAGUUUGCUGGUUACUGCAUCGAGCAUGGCCACAAGUUACUUGUGUAUGAGUACUGCGAAAAUGGGACCUUGCAUGAUGCUUUACAUUUGGACGAGGAGAUUCAUGGGAAGCUCUCGUGGAACAAGCGUGUCAGACUGGCACUAGGAGCCGCCAGAGCCCUGCAGUAUCUCCAUGAGGUCUGCCAACCUCCAGUUGUCCACCAAAACUUUAAGUCUGCCAACAUUCUUCUCGAUUUCCAGCUAGUAGCAAAGGUAUCUGAUUCCGGUUUAGGGUCUCUGAAGUCUUCUUCUUCGACUUCAGUUGGGUUCUCUGGACGGCACAACAUUAAUUCUCAGCAGGGUUACACUGCUCCUGAGUUGGACUCAGGAAGCCACUACAGCUCCAAGAGCGAUGUGUAUAGCUUCGGGAUCGUAAUGCUUGAACUCCUUACAGGAAGGAAGUCCUAUGACAGUUCUCGUGCUAGAGGGGAGCAGUAUCUGGUGAGAUGGGCGAUCUCACAGCUUCACGACAUCGAUUCCUUGUCGAGAAUGGUCGACCCUUCGCUGGUCGGCUCAUACCCUGCCAAGUCUUUGUCUCGUUUCGCCGAUAUUAUCUCCAGAUGCAUUCAGUCGGAACCAGAGUUCAGGCCGGCUAUGUCUGAAGUGGUACAAGAUCUCCUGCAGAUGAUAUGAACAUUGUUAGGAGUGCUAAGUGCUAACUAACCUCAAUUGUUUAUGUGAAUAACAUUAUCCCUUCUAUCCUACUAGGUAGUUAAUGUAAGAUUACACACUUUUGCAUCUUUGAUUUGUCUUGCACAAAUCAGUUUUGGGUUUGGCUUUGCGACUAUUCGAAUGAGUGACAACACAGCUAAAAAAAGAACUGGUAACAGGGCACUUGUUUCUCUUUGAAACAUAGUCGUGUUUUCGGGUUUCCAUCGAUUUCUUUUGGUCUUUAUAUUUGUUCGAGUAUAUUUUAUAUUCAAAGAUAUCAAUAUCAAGAUUUGAACUAGAAUCCAUUUAAAAAGACGAGAAUAAUAAUAACUGGCAACUCUAAACAAAUUUGUUGUAUCUUACAAAAUAUACACGAAAUUCAAAUAUGAAAAGAGAGUACUUUUCCAUCAAGUUAGCUAUUGCUAAGUCUUCUGUAAGUAUCUUUAUGAUACUUGAUACUACAAUUCUCAUAUUUUGCUUAUUACGAUUUAAUUUUAUCUAGUAAUGUAGUUUAUUUUUCUAACUUAUAAAUGAAAAACAAUCUUAAAUCACAAUCCAAGUAUCAUUGGUUGGAAUAUUGUAUAUCAAAGUCUAGUAUUUUUCUAACUUACUAAAUUGGUAUUAAUUUUUAUGGGUAAGUUAUUUCCUUUUUAGAAGUUUCAAAGAUCAAGGACGAUCUAUAAACACUCACACAACACAUUUCAAGAAAAAUAAACAUGUCAAACAAAGAGAACAAUAGAAAUGGAUACUUGGAAAAAACCCACGGUUUUCUUAAUUGACGAGUAGUAAAUAGAAAUUUCAACCAAUGGAUGGAGAAGUAAAUGUGAUUAGAAUUUUUUAUUGCAUAAAAAUAAUUUUUUAAUGCCUAGAAUACAAUAAUUGAUUAAUUCUCAUUAGAUCUAGCCCCAUCUUUAAAAUUAAGGGUCCAAUAUGUCUAUGCACUAUAUCAUGGACCGCCGCAACCCAUUCGACAACAUGUCGAAAGCUUUGAAUUCGUAUCGAGAGUGGUUAUAUCUUUGUUAAAUUUCAUAGUUUAUUAAUUCCGUUAAAUGUUAUAAUUUACAUAUCUACAUGUUAAAUUUAAGAUAUAAUAAUAUUAGAUAUAUGGGACAUAUAUCUACUCAUGAGUACUCAAAAAUCGUGGGGUAUGGAGAUGGAGUUAGCCUUCUACUGACAAUAAUAUUAUGAGGUGGGUAUUGUUGGGCCAAGUAUUGGAACACGUGGGACCUAAGGCCCAUGGUUACAAAGCUCACAAACAAACAGACUCAACCCGACAUUCUAUACGCAGUCACCCUGCUGAGAUCGCCCGACAUAAAAGACCAACGGCCCCUAGUCACUUUGGUACGGAGGAUGUCAGAUAUCCGUACUGACAACGCAUGUAAUGAGUCCAUAGGCGUCCCAAACCGCCCGACAUAAAGGACCAACGGUUCCUCGACCCAUUAUGUACAGAGAAUGUCAGAUAUCCGUAUUUAGGGGUGGCUAUUUGGACCGGGACCGGAUUAAAGACCGGAAACCGGACCGUAUAACCCGGACCGAGACCGGACCGGGACCGGAUAGUAAACAAUCCAAUCCAAUCUUUGGGCUUAGAUUUGAGGUAAAAAACCGGAUAAGAGAGCUCAACACCCAAAACUUAAGGGUAAUUUGCCUAAACGGUCACAAACCUUUGCACUUAGUACAAAACUUAACCAACUCCUCACCCUUUAAGGCCUUAAGCCACUCAAAUACCACAAUCUCAAUGUAAAAUCAAGACCGAAUUAGGACCGGACCGGAUCAAAACCGGACCGGAUCAAGACCGGACUGUAUCCAAUCCAAUCUUUGGUCCUUAUAUUUUCAAAAAGACCGGACUGGACUGGAUCAAUUUGGGCCAAUUUAACCGGACCGGACCGUAUAGCCACCCCUAUCCGUAUUGACAAUGCAUUAAUGAGUCCAGAGGCAUCACAGGGCGCCCGACAUGCCAUUAAAUGCCCAACCUAGGC